AUUCCAACACAUGUGAGUACAUACGUACACUGAAAUUUUUAUAUAAAUAAUUGAUCGAAUGAUGAAGAGAUAUUACGGCGUUUGGGUGGUGGCAUUGGCGGUGAUGAUAAUAGGUGGUAGCCUGGUGCAGAAGAGCAAAGGAUCCCCGCCUUGCGGUUCCACAUUUGUGUCAGCAAUCAUCCAGCUGCUCCCCUGCAGGCCCGCAGUCUCCCCUUUUAGGCCCUACCCGCCAAGCGAGGCAUGCUGUGCCGCUGUGAGGUCACUAGGGCAGCCGUGCUUGUGCGUCAUUCUCAAUGGCCCUCCCAUCAUAGGCGUUGAUCGCAACAUGGCUCUCCAGCUCCCUGACAGAUGCACUGCCAACUUCGAACCCUGUGAAAUGGGGAAAUAAUGUGGAGAACAAUCGAUAGAAAGAUGACACAAGCAAUGCAUAUGGAGACGGAGAGCAUAGAUCUUUUAAUCACUAGACUAGAGCGAGAUGAUAUAUUUGUCGCACUGAUUAUUAUUGGGUAUUUUAGAUCUAGUUUUUUUAACUUUAACUUUCAAUAAAGUGAGUAGUGGUUAUGCUAUGAGUCCCUUACUCCUCAUGUUCAGUUUACCUUGUCAUUUAAUCUCCACUUUAUGGAUUCCAAAUCAAACUUUAUUUCUGUUUAAUACUUGUUGCAGUCAUAGGAUGCAAACUUAUCGACCUAUACAGAAAAUCAAAA